AUGGCCGGAGGAGCUGUGAUAGCUCAAAGCACAUCGAGUCGACCACAACCGGCCGAGUUGCCGAAAACGACUUUCUAUGUGGUACUCUUGACGUGUUUAGCGUGUGUGGGAGGAUUGCUAUUUGGAUAUGAUACGGGUGUUGUGUCGAGUGCCAUGUUAUUCUUGCCGGAUAACGAGGGAAUGAAGGGAUUGAACACAGUGUGGCAAGAGUUGAUCAUCAGCAUCACUCCCGGAAUGGCUGGUAUUGGUGCGUUGUGCGCGGGGAAAACGUCUGAUAUGUUCGGGCGACGGGUCACAAUCCUUUUCGCUUCUUUUGUUUUCGCCAUUGGGGCUGUGGUUUGUGCGAUCGCUCCCGAGAAAUGGACACUUUUCUUUGGGAGAGUUUUGCUUGGAAUAGCUGUUGGUUUUGCUUCAAUGAUCAUCCCAGUUUUCAUCGGAGAAGGAGCGCCAAGUCACAUGAGAGGAACCCUUGUCACGAUUUAUCAGUUUAUGAUUGCUGCUGGUUUCAUUGUGGCUAAUGGAGUGGCCGCGGGCUUCGCGCAAAUCGAUCCAGAACGAGUCGGAUGGAGGUUGAUGUUUGGUUUUGCUGCCAUUCCAGCAAUUAUACAAUUUGUUGGUUUCAUCUUUUUACCCGAUACUCCGAGGUAUCUCUUCCGAAAGGAGCGCGAAGCUGAAGGAGAGGCAGUUCUAGAAAAAAUUUACGGCGGAGACAAAGCUUGGAUCGCCUACGAAAUCGCGGAAAUCAAAGGAGCAAUCGAGGCCGAAGCGGAGGCACAUAAAGAAUUUGAAGGAACUCUCGUAGUGGCGCGUGUAUUUCGGACUCCUCAUGUGCGAAAGGCGCUUCUCAUUGGCAGCUCUCUUCAAAUGUUUCAACAACUCAUCGGAAUCAAUACUUUAUUAUAUUAUACGGGGAAAAUCAUUCAAUCAGCCGGAGUUGAGGAUAAAACGAGCACAAUUCUGAUCUCUUGUGCUAUAUCGGCUGUACAAGCUGUGGCCACUUUCAUCCCGAUGAAGUUGAUCGAGAAAUUUGGUCGACGAAUGAUCACAUUAAUCUCGAUGAUUGGUGUUUUUAUCUCACUUUGCCUCAUGGGAAUCUCGUUUUUGUUGAUCAACAAGGAUUCGGUGAAUUUGGAUCAGAGCUACCUCCCAGGCCUACCGGAGAAUCGAAGUUCUUAUGAAAGUUUCGCGAAAUGUCACAGUUUUUCGAAUUGCGACUUCUGUGUGACGGCUCCUCACUGCGGAUUUUGCCAUGUGAAGGGAGAGAAUAAAAUCGGGCAAUGCUUGCCGACGAAUAUGGAGAAAAGUGACUAUAGCACACUUGGAUUCUGUCAAAAAGACGCUUCGAAUUCAAGCGAUUACAAAUUCACGCACUAUUGUUCAACGAAAUUCACAAUUCUUCCCAUUGUUGUCAUGGUCAUUUAUUUAGUAUGCUUUGCUUUUGGAAUGGGACCAAUCCCAUGGGUUUACAAUGCUGAGAUUUAUCCAUUGUGGGCAAGAUCGACAUGUGUCUCGAUAACAACAUUCACCAAUUGGAUCUUCAAUCUUUUAAUUGCUCUCACUUUUCUUUCACUUGGUGAAGCGAUCACGAAAUAUGGAUCUUUCUUUUUGUAUGCGAGCUUCACAGCCGUUGGCUUUGUCAUCUUUUACAUAUUUAUGCCGGAAACGAAGGGUCUUCAAAUGGAACAAAUCGAGAAUCUUUUCAAAUCAACUGAAGAAAGACGGAAAACCCAAAUUUCCGGAUAUCAAAUGAAAGUUUUAGAAGAAAAGCUA